UCCAAACAACGAUGGCUGUCUUCUCUUCCACUCAAUCGCAUCAACUGUUCUUAAAUUUCCGGGGAGAGGAAUUGCGUUAUAGCUUCGUGAGCCACCUCAUUGAUGCCUUGGAAAGGAAUGGGAUAAACAUCUUCGUAGACAGAUACGAGCUGAGAGGCAAAGACCUUAAAAAUCUCUUUGUAAGGCUUCAAGAGUCGAAGAUCGCGCUGGCCAUCUUCUCUACCAGGUAUGCAGAGUCGCCGUGGUGUAUGGAUGAGUUGGUUACUAUGAAGAAACUUGCGGAUCAAGGAAAGCUCCUAGUCAUUCCAAUCUUCUACAACGUAGAGCCAGAAGACAUCAGAAAACAGACAGGUGAGUUUGGUGAAAAAUUCUGGACUCUCGCGAAAGGAUCUACUGGAGAUGAGAUAAAGAAAUGGAAAGAAGCCUUGGAAUGUAUUUCCGACAAGAUGGGUUUGUCAUUGGGAGGCAAGAGCUAUGAAGCCGAUUUUAUCAAGGAGAUUGUCAAGGAAGUUCAGAGAGUUAUAGCAGCAAUUGGAACUGAGGACGAAGUGAAUCAUUUUGGGGGAAAAAACAAAAAGAAUCGCAAAUGCAAUUUCCCACGUGAGCUUACCGUUUUCAAGAGGAUCAAAACCAAAAAGAUAAAGUUUUGA